AUGGUGAUAUGAGAUAAUAAUUUUGCACUUGCCUCUAAAUCUAAUACACACGCCCUUGGUAUUAAAAAUACCUCAAGCACAACCAAGUUCCAGUGCCAAUUCCGGAGUCCACACUUGACAGUUGACACUUGAGAGCAGCAAAGGGAAAGACGAAGAUGUCUCUGAAACGAUUUUUCCAACCGAUACAGAAAGAUGGUUCUUCCAAGAAACCUGCUCUCUCAACCAAUUCAUACGAUGACGAUGGUGGAACACAAUCUGAAACUAAUGAGCCCUUAAAAUUCAUGACUUGGAACGCUAACAGUUUGCUUCUUCGUGCCAAGAAUAAUUGGCCCGAAUUUUCUAAACUUGUUACUUCUUUUGAUCCUGAUAUUAUUGCUAUCCAGGAAGUAAGGAUGCCUGCUGCUGGUUCGAAGGGCGCACCAAAAAACCAAGGAGAGCUAAAAGAUGAUACAAAUGCUUCACGCGAAGAAAAGCAGGUAGUGAUGCGUGCCCUCUCAAGUCCUCCAUUUGGGAAUUAUCGUGUAUGGUGGUCUCUUGCAGAUUCUAAGUAUGCGGGAACAGCAUUGCUUGUGAAGAAGUGCUUCAAGCCAAAGAAGAUCUCGUUCUCUCUUGACACUGCAGUGAAAAAGCAUGAACCUGAUGGCCGUUUGAUAUUAGCUGAAUUUGAUUCAUUGCGCUUUUUGAAUACAUAUGUGCCUAACAAUGGCUGGAAAGAGGAGGAAUCCUCGUUUGUAAGGAGACGAAAAUGGGAUAAGAAGAUGCUAGAACUUGUUCUGCAGUUAUCUGAUAAGCCACUUAUCUGGUCUGGUGAUUUAAAUGUGAGUCAUGAAGACAUUGAUGUAAGUCAUCCAGAAUUCUUUGCUUCAGCAAAAAUGAAUGGGUAUAUUCCUCCAAAUAAAGAGGAUUGCGGGCAACCUGGGUUUACUAUAUCUGAAAGGAAACGGUUUGGUGCCAUCAUGAAAGAGGGAAACCUAAUAGAUGCCUACAGAUUUCUACACACGGAGAAGGAUAUGGAGUGCGGCUUCUCAUGGUCAGGAAACCCGGUUGGAAAGUAUCGAGGUAAAAGGAUGAGGAUAGAUUACUUUUUAGUGUCGGAAAAGCUCAAGGACCGAAUAGUCUCCUGCAAGAUGCACGGGCAUGGCAUUGAGUUGGAAGGUUUCUGCGGAAGCGAUCAUUGCCCGGUGUCUCUUGAGCUUGCACCAAGUUCAACUAGUCCAAAUCUGGAUGAAGCUCCUAAUUGACAUUCUGAGAUAUAUAAUGCCUUAUUUGAUGCAGAUUGAGAAGUACAGUUCAAGGAAGUAGUGCUACUAUUUUUAACUGGAAAGUCGGUUCAGUGAUUUUCUAAUUUUUGAACCCAUAUUCAUCUUCCGGUGUUUGUAUUAGUCAUUAACAUUUCAUAUAGAAUUAGUUCUCUCAUCUGAGCUAACCCAUUGCUGGAGUACUCUUUCACUCUAUGUUGCCCAAUAGUUUUCGAGCGGAAUAUUAAGUUGAUGAUAAUUUGCUAUUUUCUAUCUAUCUAUCUAUUUGU